AUGUUGGGGCGGCACUUCCUGGGUCAGCGGCGGCGGCUCCAUCCGCUCCCGGGCGGAGCUUCCCGGAGCGGCCGGGGGAGCCCCGGGCCCCCGGAGCAUCGCCGGUCCGGGGGUCCCUGGGGGUCCCUGGGGGUCCCGAGCCCCCCGUGCCCGGCUGGGGAGGAGCGCAGGAGGCGGCACCAUGCAGGAGAGCUACGAGUCCCUGAUCCUGCUGGAUUUCCCCAUCCCCAAGCCCAACAUCGUGUCCCGGCUGGAGCCCGAGGAGGAGCUGGGGGUGCCCGACCCCAACGACUCCAAGGAGUGGGAGAUCCUCAGGGUGGCCCCCGCAGACGACGCCCCCGCCAGCGACGAGGACCCCGAGGACCCUGCCCCCGCCGCCACGCCCCCGCGCGGCCCCGCCCCCUGCGCCAGGUGGGCCCGUGCGGGCGGAGCUUCGGGCGCAGCGCCCACCUGAGCGCGCACCUGCGGGCGCACCUGGGCGAGCGGCCCUACACCUGCGGCGAGUGUGGGCGGGGCUUCAGCUACAGCUCCGCCUUCCUCAAGCACCGCCACGCCCACGGCCAGGAGGGCGGCGCCAGGAGGAGGAGGAGGAGGAAGGGCGCGCCCUGCGCACCCGGCCACGCCUGCGGGGCGGGGCUGGCAGAGGGCCACGCCCUCCUGGCGCACCUGCGCGCCGAGGACACGCCCCUGGGCUGUGCCACGCCCCUGGGCUGUGCCACGCCCCUGGGCUGUGCCACGCCCCUGGGCUGUGCCACGCCCUACACCUGCGGGGAUUGUGGGAAGGGCUUCGGGGGAAGCUCCGCCCUCAUCCGGCACCAGCGGCUGCACCUGGGCUAGGAGGGACCGGAACCGGAACCGGAACCGGGACUGGGACUGGGACAGGGAAACUUCCAGAACUGGAACUGGAACCGGAACUGGAACCUGGACUGGGAAACUUCCAGAGCCGGGACUGGAACUGGGACCGGGACUGGGACAGGGAAACUUCCAGAACUGGGACUGGUCGGGGCUGGAACUGGAACCAGAACUGGGAAACUUCCAGAACUGGCACUGGAACUGAGACUGGAACCGGAACCAGAACCGGGACUGGGACUGGGAAACUUCCGGAACUGGGACCAGAACCAGGAAACUUCCGGAACCAGGACUGGGAAACAACCGGAACUGGGACCAGAAUCUGAACUGGAACUGGAACCGGGACUGGGAAACUUCGGGAACCAGGGCCAGAACUGAGAUGGGAACUGGAACCGGAAC